GGACUCGAGUAGAAGAAGUUCGCUCACAAAGCCAGGGACCUCACCCUCCUCGUGUGCGUCCACGCAUCAAACCUCCCCACCGCCUCCUCUUCGCGUUCCACCUCUCCCUCGCUCGCUCGCCCUCUCUCUCUGUGUCUCUCUCUGUCUCUGUGUCUCUCUGUGUGUCUGUCUCUGUCUAUCUCUCUCUGUCUGUCUGUCUCUCUGUCUCUCUGUCUGUCUGUCUCUCUGUCUCUCUGUCUGUCUGUCUCUCUGUCUCUCUGUCUGUCUGUCAGCCCAAGGGCGCUCGUGCCAACGCAGAGUUUUUGCUCGUCAGAGUUCAGUUCGCAAUGUCCGGACAUCAAUGGGGGUAUGGCGAGAAGAACGGCCCCGCCGAGUGGCACAAGGACUUCCAGAUCGCCAAGGGGGAGCGGCAGUCGCCCAUCGACAUCCAGCCGGGCAAGGCGACGUACGACGCCACCCUCAAGCCCCUGGCGGUGAUCUACGACCCCGCGUCCGCCCUCAGCAUGGGCAACAACGGCCACUCAUUCUCCGUGGAGUACGACGACUCCGGCGAGAAGUGCGUGCUGAGUGGGGGGCCCCUGCCCAACCCGUACAAGCUGAAGCAGUUCCACUUCCACUGGGGGGCUGUGGACGGCAGCGGCUCUGAGCAUACCGUGGCCGGCAAGACGUACUCCGCGGAGCUGCACCUCGUGCACUGGAACUCGGCCAAGUACAAAAGCUUCGCCGAGGCGGCCAACAAGAGCGACGGCCUCGCCGUUCUGGGCGUCUUCCUCGAGGCGGGGGCGGAGAACCCUGGUCUGAAGAAGGUCACGGACACUCUGAACAUCAUCAGGAGCAAGGGAGCCAAGGUGGACUUCCUCGACUAUGACCCCUCGGUUCUCCUGCCCAAGUCACUGGACUUCUGGACCUACCUGGGCUCGCUCACCACCCCGCCCCUCUUCGAGAGCGUCACCUGGAUCGUGCUCAAGGAGCCGAUCUCCGCCAGCAAGGAGCAGUUGGCCCGCUUCCGCGAGCUGCUCUUCACGUGCGAGGGGGACAACGAGACCUGCAUGGUGGACAACUACCGUCCGCCACAGCCCCUGGGUGGACGCAAGGUGCGCGCCUCCUUCCAGUGAGGAGCGCAGCGGUGGGGAGCACGGAGAAUCAUCAUCACCCACUGCCCGUGGCUUCCCAACCACCAGCGGGGAAACGCAACCCUCGCGCACACGACACCUGCACCGCUCGCUCGUGUAGCCCCUCUCCUCCCUGCACCCAGUGCCGGAUUACGCUAGUGCGGGGUUCUGCAGCGUAUGUUAUAAAGGGGCCCUAAAUAUUAAAAAAAACACAUCAAUAUGAAACACUAAUUUUUAACUUGCAUAGGAAAGUAAUUGCAUUUUUACAUUUGCUAUACCGCCGGAUAAUACGACAAAUCGCUAACCUUAAACAUCCACUCGUUCAAAAAAGUUGAAGGCGGUAUAGUACUAUAGUAAUAGAGCAAGUGCAGAAUCACUGGACCGGAAUUGAUAGCUCGAAAGCAUUUAGAGCGGGGCCCUUGAAAGCUUCUAGGAUAAUCCGGCACUGCCUGUACCGCUUGUCACAUGCCAUGCCCGUGUGGAUUAUCCGCGUGUCUGCUCACGUUUAGGGUCACUUAGAAACAGGACCGCCAGUCACUGCGGUAGGGGGGGGGGGGGUUCGUGGGUGAUCGGACACCCGUGGAAGUGGAUUGGGUAUGGAUGGCCAAGAGACACCCACACAAAAAAUACAUUUGGACGAAAAAAAUGACGGAUCGGUCUUACGUUGCAUGUUGCCGUAUGUUGAACUUCUUUCGCACCGGACGUAGCCAAACGUGCUAAUCUGAGGUGCGGGAGGGGGGGGGACGGGGUUAAGGACAAUAAACUAAACGCAAAAAAUGCAUCGACCUAAACUAAACGCAAAAAAUGUGUUGAGUUUAGGUCGUUGCAUUUCGAGUCCACACAUCGUUGCCCCUUUCAACAAGGUCACGUAAACGCCGAUUUGUGCCGAUGAUGGAAUUUAAUGCACAGCCAGCGCGCAGUCGGCAGGCUCGGAAUGCCGAGUCAGUUGCCAGUAAUUGCGUAGAUUGGACGUAAUAACAGUACAAGUAGAACUCCUCUCAUCCGUGAUGAAGUGGGGAGUGUGCACUUCACGCAUCCUGUGUGUAACCUAACCAACAAUCACGGCACCCACCCCGACUCCCAAAGUGUGGCUGCGCCCCUGCUUAUAAGGCCACGGAUUGCCGCUCUUAAAGCACCUUUUGUGCUUAUAGCAGGCGUCUAACGAUGCCAUCUAGAAGCGUGCCACCGAUUCACAUGUGAGUGUAAAUUCGUGACACUCGCGAAACUAACAUGCUCAGCAUCACGCGUGUGAUAACUGAUGGUGUUAUAUUGUAACGCACAUACUAUACAAAUUAUAAUACAAUAGAGGCUAUCGGAGUGAGAGAGAAAACAAACAUUCAAAAGAGACAGUGAAAAGAAAAUAACUAAUAAUCGAUUCUUUAUUCAAAAUCAUGACCACCCCCCACCACCCACACAACAUCAUCGGGCGCUGAGAUGGGAGAUAUUUACACGCCUGGUUUCUGGCCUCGGAAGCAAUUUGAUGACUUUCAAACGCGGCUCAAAUUGUCUCACAAGCAAUGGAUUCCUACAUCUCAACGAUGACACAUACCCCGGUAAACCUGAAAACUCUGGGCCAACAUUGUUGGAAGCAUCUGUGGACCAACGUUCCACGCUUACUGGGCAUGGACUUCCGUACGACACAAUGUGCACGUGUGUGUGUAUAUAUGAUCGCUAACAGCACUUGCCCCUACAGUCUGUUAAGGCUAUAUGGGGGAUCUUUGCCUUUAUCUUUGUAUACACAUUGCACAUGUACAGUCCGAUUGUCAAUCAUCCACUGCUGUCUGCACGAGGACCUCCCCACGCCUUGCGGGCCACGAGGGGUUAAAUGACCAUACUUCACCACCCUCGUCAGUGUGGCUUGAUGAAGGUGGGGGAGGGGGUGAAGAACAACAAUGGAUCUGCUACCCAACAGCGCCCACUACACAUGUCUUUCAUUGCGUGGUGGUCUCCCAUCCAAAGCACUCUCCAGGCUCCAACCUGCUUAGCUUCCGAGAUCUUGAUGAGAUUGGGUGCACCUUUGGGCGAAUUGGCCAUAAGCACGUAUACAUUGCACACACUUAAUUGGCUAUGCAUGUACACGUCAACGCUUAAUAUAGCCCACAUACAAACCCACGUCGGCAUAUGCAUGCAUUAUUAUAGCACGUGCAGUCAUUGUAAUGUAAGCCGUGUAAGUGUGAAAUUAAUGGUAAAGCAAUGAGGACAUUACGGCAUAACGAAUAUGUAAUAAUCUACGCAGUAACAUUUCAAUUCAAUGUUAUUCAUUUCGCUAGACAAGAGCCCAUUGAGUUCUGUUGGACCUCCAUUAGCCAUAUGUUGUAAGAGAUAUCCUUCUGUAAGUACUUUUACAAUUGGACAGCUAUAGUCUCAUAUCGGUUGGAGGCUUCAGUUCAGGCUGUGACACUGAAACAUAAUAACUUACACUCGCCAAUUACGUUACAGAGUAAACUGGCACUGAGUAAUUUAGCCCCACUAAACCCAAGAUAAUAACCACCACACACAUACAGUAUGUCACGUAAUAAUACAUAAAAUACACACAUACAGUAUAUAACAUACAUUACUGUAUAUAACAUCAGUGUAAUGUGAUAAACACGCUUAAUUUUAAACACCUAAUGUGCUUAGAGGUACAACAUUACACGAAAAAAUCCCAACCUGUAAUCCGUCGCUAAUGGUGAGCGACGCUCUCUAAGCAGCUCCUAAGUAGCUUAGUGUCUUUGCUUGCUUUUUAAUUGAGUUUGAUUCAAUGUGGUACUUAACCCCUGAUGCAGCUAUUAAAUAAAAUAAACCCCAACACAUUCAUAUGCUUGGUUCUUUCGGUAAAGUCACGGAGAAGGGAAAUAAUAAAAUAAUAAAAUAUAAAACAAUAAAAUUCUCACGACGUUUCGACUGCAACACAAGCAGUCGAAACGUCGUGAAACUUUUUUUAAAAUAUUUUUCUUAUUUUAUUGUUUCCCUUCUACGUGACUUUACCGAAAGAACCAAGAAUAUGAAUCCCUGCAGUCACGAAAGCUUUAGAUCAAAACCCAACACAUUCGUCAACAACAAUGUGCGGCAUUCAUAAUACAAAUAUAAAAUAGGCGACGUUUCGGACAACAUCCCCUUCUGUAAAGCACAAUGAAUUGUACGUGCUAUGAAGUCGGGACAUUUUUUAAAAAUGUGCCUAUAAUUUUUUUUAAUUUUAGAGCCACGGUGUUAUUGAUGAACGUGUUGGUUGUGCCUGUGCGAAUAGCGUCACCAAUUAACAUGCAAAUAUUUCAAAUUAUCCGCAAGCUGUACAUCGAUGUCAACACAUACGAUAGGGGGCUCAAACCCGUCAGACAGAACGGAAAACGUCUACCUGCAAUUACGCUUCUCCUCCAGUCCACAUCUAAGAUUACCGUCACGGGCUGCCCACGACCAAACCGCGUGAAUAUUUAACGCGUGGCCGCCAGCUCCAUCGUUGAUUUCUGGAUGGAAUCGCCGCUCGAGUGGUCUGCCGAUGUGUGUCGUACAAUCCUCCUCACCUCCACGCCGACAGCCAAAGGGUGGACGUGUCCACGCAAUUUGGCAAUGGUUCAAGUUCAUUUAUUAGGUAUAGCCCUGUGAGCCAUUCGGCUCUUGAAUCGGGUGCAACCGCAAAAAAAACAUGAACAAGAAAAGUGAAUAUGUGACUAAGUGCAAACAGAAAAUCCAAGAAAAGACAGCAAAAUAUUGCAGAAAAAACACCGUACACCAACGCUGUCUGCAAAAAUCCCAGUGGGAUGCAAGUCAAACAACAACCACAAGACAACUUAGAUUAAGGCCAUCAGUCUUACUCCGUACUAGAACAAAAAACAUGGCCAAACCAGUAAACUUUUCGAAAUCACCAAAAGAAAGCAAUAAAACAGUUAUCAUAGGAACUGUGACGGAAUUUUCACAACAAACGACAAACAACACGUACUGCCAAAACACUGCAGCCAUAGCUGGCUGCAUGAGUCACUCCACAACAGCAGCAGGAGCAUCAAUCGGAGUAUUCUAAUUUUUUAAUGCACCUUUAAGAUCAGCACACUAAAUCAAAACACGGGUCAUACUUUGCAGUGAUCAUCAAUGGUACGGACAACGACACCCUCGGCUCGUGCACCACCUCCGCCGUUGCUGGUGGGCGAUGCGACGCGGACGGCGUCAAAGUUUCGAAACGAACGAAAUGCGUGGACCCAUUGCGUAGGGCACGUGGUGUGGGUUGCAGAGGGGCAUUGCGGCGAUACCCAUCGCUGUGCUGUACUUCGACGCUCUCACGUCCGCUCUGAGCCACCGGUUCGGGAUAUAAAUCGCACACAUUGGCAAAAGUAAAUUGCGAAUUACGCGAACGUUCUCAAAACGUUGUAACCACUCGCAAAGGUUGAACGAGCGAAAGCAACGCAGAGUCGGAUGUGGACGCGGAAAACUGUGUUCGCUGUGUGUCCACAUUUUCACCUGCGAGCUUAUUCAUCUUUCUAGAAACAGAUUUACGAUGGCAAACCUGCUUCCAAAAUGUGGCCUUUCUUCACGCACUUAGCUGCCAGGGAGGAGGGGGUGGUGGUGCUAAAAGCACACGCACUGUUUAAACAAGCAGCAUCGUGCAAUCUGGUCACGUUUUAUAUGAGGGUGGCUUCGCAUUGAUGUGCGAUGUCUCGUUUGUCCCAAAUCAACUGCUGGAAUUUUUUGUCUGGGGCUAAAGCAGAUUCUCUAUUAGAGUAAGGUGUACCAACAGUGACUUUGUAAUUGAAUGGAAACGUGUUUUUUCCCAGUGAUGGACAAUCAUUAUCAGUUUAAUUAAUUUGGAAGUUAUGCAGAGUAAAUUGCAAUACGGGAUUGGGCCUGCUGCUCGCAUUCAUUGAUUCUUAAUAGACUCGUGAGUGAUUGUAAUGCCUUGGGAAGCCUUCAUCCAGAUGGAUUUAUCGUGGCUGAUUAUGAUCACGAUCGUCAUCAUAUGCCACGAUCUAUUCAAAGAAGAACAUGUGGUUUGUUCCAGGGCAUCCCUGAUUUAUCGCACGGCAUAAUAUUUUGUGAUUUAGCAGUAUGUGGUAAAGAGAAUAUGCUUUUACUGUCUACUAUAACACAUUCCUGCGGAGGGAGCUCGGUCAAUGUCCAGGGUCAACGGCGGCGUGGUGUAUUCCGCAAAUAUGGCCGACUGUGAGGGCGGGCACAAGCCGGCGUGAGUAGGUUAAACGUUGAGUUUUAUAAGGGCACCACGGGGUGACCAGCGCCUCCCCACCCAGCCCCACCACUCCCACCCCCCACCCAGCCCCACCCUCCCCACCCAGCGACCUCCCCACCCGUCCCCUCUCCACCCAGCCCCGCCCCUCCCAUUUUUGUAUGCACGACGGACGGACACAAUAAUCCCUGUGGGCUGGUGGAACCAGGUGGUUCCUACCAGUAAAAUAAAUGCUUACAUGCGAAUAGUUCACUGAUAUAUUGUCGGGUUGUAGAUCGUGUUGUCUGGCCUGACGAACUAAUCUCCCAGCACGUGGGGAAAAACGACGGACAAUCUUGGAUUUUGAUCAUCGAGCAUACGCAGUAAACAUACGAGCCAUCGGAGACACGGAUAAACCAAGCCCGUAAAAUAACACUUUGAUAAAGACCACACGAAAAAUACACAGCUUAUAUAUAUGUGUGUGAUUCCACGAAACUGCACUCUUUAAAUGCUAGCUUCUUAUUCUAUAUUUCAUAUAUCUAUAUCUAGUAUAUGCAUCUGUGUGUGUGUGUUUGACUUAUACGCAUUCCGAAAGUUAUUGCACAAUUGAAGCACUAAAAUUGGCAGCGGGCACGUGUAAACUGUCAUGUCGAGUUGGUGUCGCGCUGGCAAAAGUUAUCUUUAACAAGAGGCAUGCACAUAUGUGCAUGUCCCACAUGCUGCACUGACGAUUCUGCACUGCUCGGUGUAGCCGUUUGGUCACUGGCUGGCAGCUGUUUUAGGGCUUCCUUUAAAAAAAGAUUAUGUUGUUGUUGUUGCGCAGAUGAGAGUUAAUCGCUCAUACAUGCACAUUAAAACAACAUUUUGCGAAUGUGAUUCCCGGAAGGGUCUAUCUAUGCGUUGCGCAAUGAUUUCCAUCGAACGAUCUGUCCCGUGUUAUCUUGUUAGCAAUAAAAGCAUCAACGAAAUGG